AUGUCAGCGAUGGCAUUUACAGAAUCCUUAGCUUGUGGUCUACAGAAAUCUAUUGGAAGCUUUUGUGCUGGAGACGACUUCAGUGAUUUCACAGUUGUGGUCGAGGGUACUCAUUUCCGAUGUCACAAAGUCAUUCUCAGCGCUUCUACUGGCUUCUUUCUAGGCUUGCUUCGUUCACGAAUGAAAGAAUGCCAAGAAGGCUUUGUGAAACUUGAUAGAAUAACAAAGAACACGUUCGAAAUCGUUCUCAACUCCAUAUAUAAAGGCAUUGACGGACUCAAUAAAGAUACUGUUUUAGAUGUGUGGUCUGCUACAGAACUACUACAGAUUGACUACAUGAUCGAGGAGUGUAAGAAGUUUGUGAUUAACAAUAUAUCCGUCGACAGCUGUUUAGCAUACCUGAACCAUGCUAUUAUAUAUUCAGCACAAAAUGUAAUUGAUCAUUCCAUGAAUUUUAUCAUCAAGAAUUUCAAACAAGUUAGAAACCAAGAAACUUUUCUUCAGCUGCCAUUUGAUUAUUUAUACAAAAUUAUUGAAAGUGACUGUCUGGAAACAGAUUCUGAAGACGCUGUGCUGGAAACCAUCUUGGCUUGGGUGAAUUACGAGCCAAGUUCACAACCCUACAAACCAGGAAAGGAUCCAACCAACUGCGAUAAACCAGACACUACUCCAGUAUAUAAUAAAGAAAGAGGCAGAAAGAACUAUUUUGAGAAACUCUUAUCUGCAUGUAGAUAUCUUUUAGUAAACUCAGCAUGUCUUCAAAAGGUCAUGAAGAAACAUGUGGAAUUGUUACUAAAGACCGGGACAUACAACCUGGUGCUGAAAGCAUUGGUGUACACCUUGUCUGUGGACCAGCACCACGACUCGUGGCCGGACGCCGCCGUGCACAGGUCGUCUAGCUCAAGUAAACACGUCAUGGUGUUUCUUUCUGAUGACAAAGUCAUGGCUUACAGUUUAAGCACAGGUCAUACUCAUACAUUUAUGAAGGUACCUAACGAUUUUCUAAAAGAAUUGCACAAAGCAAACAUAAUAGUGUCGGGCAAUAUCUUGUAUCUACACUAUGAGGCUAAGGAUACAGAUAAGGAAACGGAGACCGUUAGAAAACUCAGUAUGAUCACCAAGCAGAAGAACUGGUUAUCUAUAAAUAGAACAAUAACACGUAAUUCGAAAAUGUUGGUGGCACAUGGUAGUUGUCUCUAUGAAUUAUACACCCAUGCCAAUGAUGACAGAAACUGUCUUCGUCGAUAUAUUUGUGCCUAUGGUAAUACAAGAGAUUGGUCAACCUGUUUCACUUCGCAGAUAAUUGGGGACUGUCUUACUGGGUUUCAAGAAUACAUUGUGGUUUUCAGAACAGAAGACAAUGUUGUAAAAGCCUGUUGCUACAAUACAGAAACUGAGAAAAUACAUGCAAGUACAACAUCAAUGGAUGGAACAUCUAAGAGCAUGGUCAGUUUCAGACACGGAAAAGAUAUUUAUUUAUUGCAGACGAAUGGCAGCUUGUGGAAGUUAUUCAGCACAGAUACAUCUCCUGUAGACUUUGAGCUGGUCUCUAAGCUCUGGGACUUUGACUGCAGCCCUAAAGGAUGUGUGCUCUAUAGGAAGAAACUCUUCAUAUUUUGUGGCGAGAUUCCACAGAUGGACUCGAGCUCACCACUGACAUCAGUUCCCGAGAUUUUUGACAACAUUCAAAUGAUAAAAAUCAACAGUAGAACCACAUGUUUACCUAUGAUUAUGCCACAGUCAUGGCUUUCAUAG